AUUUCACUUACAUUCGUUAGAAAAAAAAAAAAAAAACAAGAUUUAUAACAUAUAAACGUUUAUGAAGGUUUUUCUACAUUUUUAUCAUUUAUUUUAACCUUUCGCUAUAAGUUGCUAACUUCGUUAUCCAUUCGUGUGUAUUAAUGAUGUAUAAUUAAAUACAAUAUGGAAAUACAAUGUUAUGUGGCAAAUUUUUAAAAUUUUAUUUCAAUGACGAUAUAUUAUCUCUACUUUAAAUGAAUUUUUUUUUAUUUUUUUUUAUUAUUUUUUUUUUUUUUUAUUUCCCCUUGUUAAAGUGGAUAGCAUACAUUACAUAGUAUUUUGUAAUAAGUUCAUCCAAUCUUAUAUAAAUCAAGAUCUUAAGGAAAAAAAGACAAAAGAAAGGCAAUUUUUAACUAUUUAUUAGAAACAUAAUAGUUGAAACUUGGCAUAUAUAAAUGUCAUUGGAAGAUUGGAUGGAAAAAGAAAUAUUAUGUUAUGCUUUGGAAGAAAAUAUGAUAAAUACAAUUCAAGAGGAUAUGUUUCCAUAUGUUUCUGAAGAAGUAGAAGUUAGAACAUCUAAAGAUAUUGAAGAUGAAGUAAAAAACAAAGGCCAUAAUGUAAGACCUCUACAACCAUCGGAUAGCUAUAAUGGAGCAAUAAGAGACACUUAUAUUUGGUCUCAAACAAUCACUGACAUAGAUGUACUUGUAAAGCUACCAAAAUUGUCUUUAAAAGUCAAGGACCUUCGAGUUAAUAUAGAAACACAAAGAAUAAAGAUUGAAGCAAUUCAAAGAUACAAAACAUCCAAUGAAAGUAUUAAAGAACCCGAAUGGACUACCAUCUUUAAGGGUGAAUUAAUAUUUAAAACGAAGAAAGAUGAGUCUGUAUGGAGUUUAAUAUCUGGAUAUGUCAGUAUACACCUUGAGAAAGUAUCCGAACGAUGGUGGGAUGCCCUUAUUAUGGAAGAACCUAAGAUAGAGCUUAAUAAAAUAGAUUGUUCAAGAAAUCUAUAUGAAAUGGGUUUGACAGAGCAAAUGAAAGUAGAAGAAUUAAUGUGGAAUCAUCAACAAAAACUUCUUGGCAAACCUACCUCAGAACAAUUGAAAAUGGAAGAAAUUAUGAAGAAAGCAUGGAACGCAGAAGGAUCACCUUUUCAGGAAAGAAGAGAAGAUAAAGAAGACAUCAAGAUGCCUUGUUCCGCUGUAACGCUGUCCCUUGCGACCAUAACCGGUAUCAUUGCCACUGCACUACUAGCGAUUGCCUUCUCCACGGAUAAUUGGCUCUACACCGAGGUCAAGCGUGCCCAAAUUCAGCAAUAUGCAGGCAAGCACGCCGAACAAAGUCAUCUGAUAGAUCAAAUGAAUGCAAAGUAUUAUUACUAUACAAGAACUCAGGGACUCUUCAGGAUAUGUUAUCCCAAAGAAAGACCACCUACGGUGGAGACGUAUUUGAGUCCGGUGGAAACGCAUUGCAUGAACAUCGAUUACUUCAUCCCCGACGAAGAAAACCAAACGAGGGACUUCUCCGACGACGCAAUGGCUCGAUUACACAUGGGAAGAUCCGUCAUCGCUCUCUUCAUGGUAGGCUUCCUAGCAAUAUUUUCUGCCUUUUGGACAGGAGUAGUUGGUUGUUGGCGAAGAUCACCGGGAAAUAUCACGGCAACCGCCAUUUUGAUGUUAUUCGCUUGUUUACUAAGCGCCGGAGGCAUGGGACUUUGGCAUGGCGUGGAGUAUUAUGAGAAGGAAAAGAUAGUUGGCGAGGAAUACUAUCAACAAUGGAGCAACGUUCUAAAGGAUAACACAGCGCAGUGGUACGACUGGUCGUUUUACAUGGCCUGGCUAGGAGUGGCAAUGUGUUUAGGCACGAUGACAUUAUUUCUGAUCGCGGCAUCCUGCUUAAGAAAGGAACGUGCUCGCGAGCAGACCCAGAAUGUUCAGUACAUCAUGCCAGUGUAUCCUCAGAAGCAGCAGUACGCUUAUGCGGGUUAUCCAGCACCAGCAGCGUAUCCAGGACCGUAUUAUCAUGGAUCGCAAUACGGGCCGUACAAUUAUUGAAGCUUUGAAAACAUCUCGAAGAUCGUUUGAAGUGGGAUGAAUUUUUCGAUUCCGAUUGAUGUGUGCCAGAGGCAUACAUUCGUCGUAUACAAUCAGUAGUCAGCCAAUUAGUCAAUCAAAUUAAUCGAUCAAUCAAUCAAAAAUCAAUCAAUCUCUCUAUUCCUUCAAAAUGGCGGAAGGAAAAAAGAAGAAUCGAAGGAUUUAGAAACGUGAUUUGAGAAAAAUCGAGUCCAACUCGAGUGAGAAUUGAAAAAGAAAGAAAAAUUUGAGGGGAAAAAAAUCAAACAAACGAAAAAAGAAAAAGGAAACCCUGUAUGCGAAAGAAAGAAAGAAAGAAAGAAAAAAAAAAAGAAAAAAAAAAAGAAAAGAAAAGAGCAAAAAAACAAAAAAACAAAAAAAAAAAAAACAAAAAGAAACAAUCAAGAAAUACUAAGUGCCGUCCUGUGCCUUGUUUUCUAAAGUAA